UGCGCGUUACACUCAUCAAUCCUCAUCUUCAUUUUCAGAACACUGCGUCUUGUUACAAGACUCUUGUAUACGUGCGUUUAGGCAGAUUAGGCUCUACUCUAUCCCCAUGAAAUAAUAGUAUGUUGCUUCCUUUUACUCAUCGCCACCACCCCAACUCCUCAAUCCCCUCUAAACCCCUCACUCACCAAUCACCUUUCCCCUUCAUCUUCUUCCCGUCGCCGCUUCCUAAAACCCUCAUCUCCUCAACUCCCAGAUCCCCCAGUUUCCUCAUCCGGACAUCCGCCUCCGCCUCCGACACCCAAACCAUCCCCAAGUCCGCCAUCCAGCGCAUUGCCGACAAGCUCCGUAGCCUCGGCAUCACCGAAGAAACUCCAAGCUCAAACCCUGGCCUCAAUGCUAGACCCGAUUCUGAAACUUCGGCCGGGGAAAUAUUUAUCCCCCUGCCCAAUCGAGUACCAAAGCGCCGGGUUGGGUACACAAUCGAUAGGAGCUGGUCCACGCCGGAGAACCCGGUUCCCGAGCCGGGUACUGGCUCGGCGAUAGCAAGGUACCAUGAGGUGAGGAGGGAGGUGUUCAAGCAGAAGGCGUUGGAGAGGAAAGAUAAGAAGGAGAAGAGAGAGGAGAGGGCGCCAACAUUGGCGGAGCUGACUUUGAACGAGAACGAGCUGCGGAGAUUGAGGAAAAUCGGCAUUGAAACGAGGAAGAAGCUGAAGAUAGGGAAGGCCGGGAUCACGGAAGGGAUAGUGAACGGCAUUCACGAGCGGUGGCGGCAUUUCGAGGUCGUCAAGAUCGUCUGCGAGGAUCUUUGUAGGAAGAACAUGAAGAGGACUCAUGAUUUAUUGGAGAGGACAACUGGAGGUCUGGUUGUUUGGAGGUCUGGAAGUAAGAUAGUGUUGUAUAGGGGUGCCAAUUAUAAAUACCCUUACUUUUUGUCUGAUGAGAUUUUGAAAAAUGAGACUUCUACUGAUGCUUUACCGGAUCCGAACAUGGAUGAUGGAGGAAGUGAUAAAAUGGAGAGCUGCUCACCAAGCAUAGAUGGUGUAGAAUCUUCUAUAACAAGUCCAACCAAAAAGAUAUCUCAACCAAAAUUAAUACAAGGUGUUGGUAGGCCAAAUAGAGUAAGAUUUCAACUGCCUGGUGAGGCACAGCUUGCGGAAGUAGCUGAUCGCUUGUUAGAGGGGUUGGGCCCACGUUUUACUGAUUGGUGGGGUUAUGACCCUCUACCUGUUGAUGCUGAUCUUCUCCCUGCCGUUGUUCCUGGAUACAGGAGACCUUUCCGCCUUCUUCCAUAUGGUGUGAAGCCUAUAUUAACCAAUGAUGAAAUGACUACUUUAAAAAGACUUGGUCGACCAAUGGCCUGCCAUUUUGCACUAGGAAGAAAUAGGAAUCUUCAAGGAUUAGCUGCUUCCAUUGUCAAGCUCUGGGAAAAAUGUGAGAUCGCCAAGAUUGCUGUUAAGAGAGGGGUACAGAAUACUAAUAGUGAGAUGAUGGCUGCAGAGCUGAAGCGGCUGACUGGAGGAGUACUGCUUUCCCGGGAUUCAGAGUUUUUUGUAUUAUAUAGAGGAAAAGAUUUCCUGCCGCUUUCAGUUUGUUCUGCAAUAGAAGAGCGGAGGAAGCAUGUAAUUCAUGGGGAAAAAGAGAGGGCAAACUGUAGUACAUCAGUGACAACUGCACAGGAGCUUAAACUCGGGAAUGCAGAGGGUGGUUCUGAAAGUGAACUUGAUGGGGCCAAUUACGAGGAAAAGGGUGGAAUCUCAGAACAAAGAAUGUUACGGUCCACAGAGGCAGUUAUCAAAAGAACUAGCAUCAAGUUAUCAAUGGCUUUAGAAAAGAAAGCAAAGGCAGAGAAGCUUCUGGCAGAGCUUGAGGAGGCAGAGAUCCCCCAAGCACCUGAAAUAGAUAAAGAAGGUAUAACUGAAGAAGAAAGGAAUAUGCUAAGGAAAGUUGGCUUGAGAAUGAAACCUUUCCUACUGAUGGGUAGACGAGGGAUUUUUGAUGGCACAGUUGAAAACAUGCAUCUUCACUGGAAGUACAGGGAACUCGUGAAGGUGAUAUCUAAAGAGAAAAGCAUUGAAGCUGUUCACCAAGAAGCACGGACCUUAGAGUCAGAAAGCGGGGGAAUAUUAGUGGCAGUGGAAAGAGUGAACAAGGGUUAUGCAAUCAUUGUGUACCGUGGGAAGAACUAUAAAAGACCUGCUUCUCUAAGACCUCAGACGCUUCUUAAUAAAAGAGAAGCAAUGAAGCGUUCUCUAGAGGCACAGCGGCGGAAGUCUCUAAAACUUCAUGUUUUGAAGCUUAACAGAAACAUAGAUGACUUGAAACUUCAGUUGGUGAAAGAGGAUAUGAACAGUGUGCAGCCAACUGAAUGCUCUAGAUCACAUGCAGAAGUUAAAUAUGGCCAUCUCUCUCGCCCUUUAAUUUCUGCAUGCCAUGAAGAGAAUGCAGAGGCUAAAGACAAACAUGGAGCUCAUUCAGCUUCCAUGAACUUUAAUGAGGGUGUGGAUGUUCCAAUAAACAACAUUCUACAAUCCACUCAACAGGAUGAAGUAAUUGGCCUCUCAGCAAUGUAUGAGGGGGAUCCUGCUGGUAGAGUUGAAAUAGAAUCAUCUGAAUCAGUUGGUAAAGAAACUCAUGCAAAUGUGUUCAUGGAUAAGAAUGGUGAAGUUGGAGCUGCUGUCUCUACAUCUUUCCCCGACAACUUUAUGUCAGAAGGAAAGAGGCAUUCUGCAGUAGUUGAGGAUUGUGCUUUUAAUAACAAGGCAAAAGAGUUAUCAGAUAAGUCAGUGAAAACUGAUUCCAAACCAGAUCAAAUAACGAUUGAAAAUGGAUCAAAGAUGCCUCGCAGAGCUUUACAGCUUUCAAAUAAAGAGAGGCUGCUUUUACGAAAGCAAGCCCUUAAGAUGAAAAAACGUCCUGUACUGGCAGUAGGGAGGAGUAACAUUGUCACUGGUGUAGCAAAAACAAUAAUGGCGCACUUUAAGAAGCAUCCUCUUGCUAUAGUAAAUGUCAAAGGUAGAGCAAAAGGCACUUCAGUCCAGGAAGUGGUUUUUCUGCUGGAGCAAGCAACAGGUGCAGUUCUCGUUUCUCAGGAGCCUAGCAAAGUCAUACUUUAUAGAGGUUGGGGAGCAGAAGAUAAACAUGGGCACAUUGAAAAGAAGAAUGCUGGGGUUGCUGGGGAAGAGGGUGCAACGCAGCUAACUGUCUCUCCAGAACUCUUGGCAGCAAUCAGACUGGAAUGUGGAUUACAGGGUCACCACAUGGAAGAGAUGGCUCUAUAGCAUGGAACCAAUGCUUGAAUCGGAGGGUAUUGCUGCAACCAUGUGGCCCCAUGAUUAUCCGAAAUAGUAAAAAUUCCCCCCACUUCUGUGGUAUUGGAUUGUGUUCAAAUGAAAGAGAUCAGCCUAGAGGGUUGUCCAAGCAGCAAAAAAGGAAAAAAAAAA